AUGGAACUCAACCAAAAACAUUUUCGCGCCAUAAUUUAUUACAACUUUCAGACAGAAUUAUCGCAACCAGAAUGCCUUCCUGAGUUACUGGCUGUUUUCGGCAACGAAGCGCCACAUCAGUCGACAAUUUCCCGUUGGUAUGGAGAAUUCAAACGUGGACGGGUGAGUCUUAGCGACGAUCCCAGGGUGGGUGCACCAAAAACGGCAGUCACCGAGGAAAACGUCGAUGCUGUGCGCAAACUCAUCAUUGAAGAUAGACAUGUAACAUAUCGCGAGAUUGAGGCGUCCUUCAAGAUCUCAAAGACCUCAAUUCAAAAAAAUUUACAUGAAGAAUUAGGAUUAAGAAAAUUAGUUUGUCGUUGGAUACCCCACCUGUUGACUGAAGAGCAGAAAGCAGCCAGGGUUAAUUGUUGUCAAAAAACGCUUGACCGUUUCAAUUCCGGAAACUCAAAAAACUGUUCGGCUGUUUGGGUGUUCAAAGGUGAAGAAAAGCCAACAAAAGUCAUCCGUUCUCAAAGUGUUUCGAAAACGAUGGUCGCGACAUUUGUGUCAAAAGAGGGUCAUAUUGCAACAAUUCCUCUUAAUGAGCAAAGAACUGUUACUGCGGAUUGGUAUACCACCAUUUGUUUGCCAAAAAUCAUUACCGAGCUUCGAAAAAUCAACCCCGAAAGAAUAAUCAUCCUCCACCAAGACAAUGCAAGCUCGCACACAACCCAAAAAACAAGGCAGUAUUUAAGGGAAGAAAACGUGGAAUUAUUGGACCAUCCUCAAUAUAGUCCCGAUCUAAGUUCUAACGAUUUCUUUACUUUCCCGAAAAUUAAAAACAAAGAAGCAGUUGACGCAUUCAAAAAUGCCGUUUUGAAUCUGCCAGCAAACGAGUGGAAUAAGUGCUUCGAAAAUUGGUUCGAGCUCAUGCAGAUGUGUAUUAAUCUUCAGAUCUGGAAGCAGUGGGGAUGCAACAAUCUUGUACAGUUUAAUGCUUCCAAAUUAUAUCCUAGCCUCGAGUAUUGCUCGCACGUUUGGGGUGCUGCCGCCCCGAUUAUAUUACUUCUGCUGGAUGCUGUCCAGAGGAGGGCUGUGCGACUGAUCGAUGACUCUUCUCUAACAACCCGCCUGACUUUGGCGUCCCAUCCUAACCGUGUCGAACUUCGUACAUCCGGAACUGGCCGAGACAACCGCUCCGUUGUCCCGAGGGUGUCGAGAAUAUUGAACAAUCUACAAGAGGAAGCUUUUCCUAGUUCUACUAACCUUAGGCAUUUGCGGGAAAAAAAAGACGAUUGA